AUGGCUCAAGUCCGCAUCCUCGUGCACCAUAAUAUCUCGCAACCAGCCGGCUUCCCACAGCUAUCUACUAUGCUUGGAGCAAGGAAAUUCAUGCAUGCAUUCUAUACUCUGUCCUUGUACGCGCAAGUGAAUGAGCGGUUCGGCAUGGCUAUUGAAGCACUAGAGGAAAAAGUACAUGGUCUCGAUAUGGGCUUUAACGCGUCGACGGAGAACUCUUCCAUCACAGAAACUCAGCUAUGCCUUUCUCGUAUAUUGUCCCUGAACGUCUUUCGCCAUGGGUCAGGGAUACACGAAGACGAUCAUGGGAAUGCUUGA